ACCCUACUGUUUGUAUACAGGAUUUCAGCUGGGAUAGCUACAAAACAUUUUGUUCCUUGCUUGCAAGGCUGAAUUGAUAGUCAGAGGCCCUCUAGAAGACGCAGAAAUGUCCAGAUCUUGUAACCUGCCUUUGCUGGAGGCAAUGGACAAGCAUCACUGUCUGGCCUGUGAUACCGUGGUGAAAGGGCUUGACCAGUACAUUCUUCACAAAAGGCAAAACUGUCCAGCAAUACUGUUGGUCAGGGGUACUUCCAAUGAUGCAAGUACAAGUUCAAUGCAAAACAAAGAAUCAACAACAGAAAAUGGACAUCCCAAUCAAACAGCAAUUUCAGCCACUGGCAGUUUUCAAGAUGGCAGCAGUCAAGAAAAGAACCAAGCCAAUGAAGCAUCCGAUGAGAAAGAAUUGCUCAGCACUGCUCUGGACACAAACAACCUUCCUACAGUAGACCAGAGGUUGCUAUGUACAAGAAGUAAUAGUCACAGACUGUAUAACAUAGAAGGGUUUCUACACAUGACCACAGAAACUAAGACUGGCAGUCAAUGUAAGGAAAGUCAGAAGACAGACAGUGACAGAACAGUCAAUGUGGAAGGUCCUAGUUCUCGGUCUGAUAAAAUCCGUCCUUACAUUGAUAGGGAAAGAUCAACAACAGACCAAAGUUCAAAGUUGCAAGACGAGGCAUUAAAGACAAGUAUUGAAACCAAGCCACAAGAGGAUGAAGACAAGGAUAAAAGUACAGUAAACAAGCACUGGUGCAAUGUUUGCAAGACAUACUUGUCAGCUACAGCACUAAACAGGCAUUUUACGAGUAAAAGACACAAGUACCAGGUUUCCUCUGUAAAUAACUCAAAGGAAAAAUUAGAUAGUUGCCAUAGCCCACCAACUGAUGCCACAGUCAAUGGAACAAAGAUGUCUUCAAAGGAUGUUAAAAAUCAAGGGAGUGAAGAACAUAUUACAAAACUAGCAGCUUCCUUAAAUGCACCAAAAAGGAUAUGUAGGCAGAGAAGGAAGAGAAAGUUGCCAUCAGAGGGAACGCCAGCAGAGAACAACUUCAGACGAAAAAGAAAUGCCCAAAGGUCAAGCACUUGUCUAGACAAGAAGAUUGAUUCAGAACAAAGUGAUGACUUAGAACAGCAGUAUUGUUGCAGUGAAUGUCCUUUUAGAACUGCCUACAAGGCUUCCCUACGGAGACACUUUCAAACAUUUCACAGCCUCCACCUCUGUGGGCAAUGCGACAAAACGUUUGUAACAAGCGAGGAUUGUGCUGCCCACCAGAGGGAAGUGCAUGGUACUAUAAGGCGUAGAACUGGACACGAGUGCAGUGAUUGUGAUGCCAAGUUUUCCACAGAAGAGGAUCUUAAUAUUCACAGGCGUGAGAGAAGGCACAUGCUGUACUGGGGAAGCACCUGUGUGUUCUGUGGGAAGACAGUAUCUAAAGGUCCAUGUUUAAAAGGACACAUUCAGGCAGUCCAUCUGGGUGAGAAGCCACACAAGUGUCAACACUGCUCCUAUUCUACAGCAUGGGUGGCCGAUCUUCGCAUGCAUGUCAAGCGCCACCUGAACAUCAAACCCUUCAAGUGUCCCGAGUGUGACUACACAGCAGUCCGUAUGGCAGCAGUGAAAAAACACCAACAGACGCACGGGGAGGGGGAGCCAAGAAGACUGUGCGACAUUUGUGGGAAGAGCUUUGCUGGGAAUCUGCAACGGCACAUGACUCUCCACGAGGGCCAUAAACCUUUUGAGUGCCCCCACGACGGUUGUACCUAUGCUUCCACUUUCAAACAGGGACUGACUGACCACGUCCAGAGUGUUCACAAGGCAGACAAGAGUAUUGUGUGUGAGGAGUGCGGCUUUGCAACCACCACGGAAAAACUGAUGAAGUGGCACAAACGGAGGAAACACAGUGCUGAGAAACCACACAAGUGUGACCAGUGCAACUAUGCUACCACCUGGCAGCCUCAUCUCAUCAGGCACAAGCGCACACACACAGGAGAGAAGCCAUACAACUGUCCCCACUGCCCGUACCGUGCCAACAAUGUGGAGAACCUGCGUAAGCACAUUCUCAAGACCAAGAAACACGAAGGGUUGAAGCAGUACGUCUGUAAGUGGUGUCCCUACAACACCAACAGUCAGUACGACUUCUCCCACCACCUCAGGAAUGCCCACCCAGGGGAAGACCUGGGGAUCAGGCCGACAUUUGUCCUCGGGAUCAACAGAGGGGUUGCCAAAAUGAAGUCUGUACGAAGCCAGGAUAAGUUAAGCCAGUUAGCUGCAGCUUCAGUAGUAGAGUUGGAGCAUGAUGAUACUGUUUGUGCAGAGGAGCAGGGUACCUUGUCAGAUAUGGUGUCUUCACAGCAAAAGUAACAAUACCAGGUGGAAAAAAAAAUGAAAAUUGUCUCUGAAAAUGGGGAAGGUUGAAAGUAAUGUUAACAACAAUUUGAACAUGAUAGUUGUUUUCUUGAGAUAAUGACAUGACUCAUAGCUAUCAAUUUUUCCUUGCGUACAAAAGGCUGCAACAUGAUGGUUUUGUUGGUUUGACAGCAAUAUCAAUGGCUGCCUAAGCCUUCAUACAUCUCUUUAUUUGUAUGAAGUACUGUGCGAAAACAAACGUACAGAUAAAAUUUUACCCGAGAUCCCAAUUGAUCACACUUAAGCUCAGGAGUGGUUCCAAUUAUUUGGUGACUAGGAGACCCUGAGGGAGGCAAGUCCUGGGAAGGGCAUUCUUGGGGCUGCACCCAUCUAAAGAAAGGGACACAAAGUGGGAGUCACGUGUUCGAGGGGGUGUACCGAGCAUUUUAGAGGGGAAGGGCUAGCCACCCCUGCCUGUAAAAAUAUACUCAGCUACUGAAACAGCGAGGAAAAUUGCUGAUCUAUGUGCCACCAGGCACAAAGAUGAUGCUUCCUGUAUUUUUCAUGAAACUCAUACAAGUUUGAUGAAAUUCAUACAAAUUUUAUUUAAUUCUUAGGCACGCCAAAUGCAAUGUACUUGAGUGAUAUUUUAUCAUGUGUUGCAUUUUUACAAUAACAUGUAAUUGAAAAGAGAGUGAUGGGCUCUCCUACUCUGUAAAUUAAUCCUGCAUUAUAACAUACAAAUCCUUAUCUACAAUUAAAUUCAUGGAGCAACAU